AUGACAACUCGCGAAGAACGACAAGCCUACAUGGCUCAGCACAUUUCUAAUCUCCAACAACAGAACCCAAAAGCCGACUUCAAAGCCAGCGAGCAGUGGUGGACCCCAAGCGUCGACCUCGGCGCCGAUCUCCAAGAGACUCUGGGUCCAGCAGUCAACAAUCAAUUAAAAGCCUGUAUCGCAAAGGCGUUUGAGCGCAAGUGUUCACCGGAAGCAAAGACGAUUCUUGCUGAAUAUCCGGAUAUCUUGGAGCGGGUUGAUACUAUGAUCUUCAGAAACGAGCAGCUGUGGGCGCAGGUGCAUCAGUAUGCUUUGUCGGAGGCUGAGGCUGGAAGGGAUGCUUUUGGUAGUUGUGCGGUUAAGUGA